UCUCAUCUGCAAAUCCACCAUCAAUAUCUCAAUUAAUUACCGAUUUUGCCACUAUGGAGGAGACGAUGAUAGUCGCCGCAUUAUCCAUCGUCGUUCUGAUAGCUUCUCUGAAACUUCUCCUGCCAUGGGGCAAAAGCUUUCGCAAGCAAUUCCCUCCUUCUCCACCAUCUCUUCCUUUCGUUGGUCACCUCUUCUACCUUAAGAAGCCACUUCACCGUACCUUCCGUGAGCUUUCGGACAAAUACGGUCCGGUUUUCUCCCUCCGUGUCGGAAACCGCCGCAUCGUCAUUGUCUCCUCGCCGUCUCUCGUCCAGGAAUGUUUUGGCCCCAACGACAAAAUCCUUGCCAACCGACCGCAGUUUCUCAACACCAAGUACGUGGCUUACGACAGCACCACCAUCGGAACGGCGCCGUACGGUCCACACUUGAGGAACCUCCGGCGAAUCGCCGCCGUCGAGAUGGUCUCCUCUCACCGCCUAAACCUCUUCCUGUCCGUACGAGCUGACGAGGUACGACGCAUGGUGGUCAAGCUCGCGCGUGAGGCGCGUGAAGGGCCAGUGGCCGUGGAUCUGAGGCAGGCGAUAACGGUGGUCGUGAUGAACAACAUAAUGAGGAUGAUCGCCGGAAAAAGGUACUACGACGACGACCAGGGAAAGGAGGAAAGUUCUAGAAGGUUCCAUGCGAUAAUGCAGGAGGUGUUGGACAAGAGCGGGCUGGGCAAUCCAGCGGAUUAUUUCCCGAUUUUAAAGUGGAUAAGCCCAAAGUACGUGAAGAGGGUGAAGGAGCUAGGGUUUAGGAUGAACGAGUUCACGCAGGGGCUCGUCGACGAAAUGAGGAGUAAGAAGGUCAAGAGCGACACGAUGCUCGACCGUUUGUUGGUUCUACAGGAGAAAGAGCCCAUGCAGUACACCGACGAGGUCAUCAAAGGCCUUAUCCAGUCGAUGAUGUUGGCGGGGACGGACACUUCGAUCGCCACACUGUCAUGGGCGAUGGCGAAUUUACUAAAUCACCCCCACGUGAUGGAGAAAGCCCGGAGAGAGAUCGAUGACGGAGUCGGACAAGACCGAGUCAUGGAGGAAUCGGAUCUCCCCAAGCUCCCUUAUCUCAACAACAUCGUCUCCGAGACAUUCCGGUUCAACCCGCCCGGUCCCUUCCUCCUCCCUCACUACUCCUCGACCGACUGCACCAUCGGUGGCUACCACGUGCCACGUGGCACCAUCGUACAGGUAAACACAUGGGCCAUCCACCACGACCCGACCGUCUGGCCCGACCCGGACACGUUCCGGCCCGAGAGGUUCGAGGGAGAGAGUAAGGACACGGAUACGGAUACGGAUACGGAUACGUAUAGGCUGAUAUCCUUCGGGAUCGGGAGGAGGGCUUGCCCUGGUGGCGCCUUAGGGCUCAAGAUCGUCGGCCUGACUCUCGGGACGUUUAUUCAGUGUUUUGAGUGGAAUACCGUCGGCGGCGCAGCGGUGGACAUGUCGGAGGGGAUGGGACCCAUCACGCACAUGGCCGGGCCGCUCGUGGCGAUGUGCAAGGCCAGGGAUGUGGCUACUAAGCUUCUCGAGCAAGAAGAUUCUUCUUGAACAUGCGAGAGAAGAAGAGAAUAAAAUCAUAUAAUACAUGUUUUUUGUAUGUUAUGUUGCGACCACAAUAAACGUCCUACCGCACUUUUGUAUUCUACAGAAAAAAAAACUUUUAUUUUUCACGUUUA